UUUAUCAAACCUUUGGGGAUAUGGAAAGAACAUUACACGUACGGAUACUACUUAUGAGAGAAUGAAAUCAAGGUUAUAACUGAUACCCCAAAGCCUAUACACUGUUAUAUAAUUCGCUCGUUUCAUCCGCUCAUGGACCACGGUCCCACGACUUCUGUGAUAAGGCCCGGCUGAUUCAGUGGAUCCGGCGGAAAAGACUACCGCAGAGAUUUUCGCAACUGCGCAACUCCAGCCCACCUCGAAAAACAGUAGAAAAAGCACCCAAACAACACCAGAUGCCCUACUUUCAUAUCUUCCUCUCAAUUAUACUAUUGUGGUUUCGAACGGCUUUCACCCAACGCGAUACACAAGAUUCCGGCGCGACCCAGCUGGACUCCAUUGAGCUGACACUGAGUCACACAGGAAGAAAUCGUGUAAAAAUGCGAUGUGAUGCACGGGGGUUGAAUGUAAAGGACAGUCUGAUCAUGCUCAGUUGUCCAGCUGUGGUGACGGGUGUUUGCCAGGAAAAUUGUGUCCAUCCGUGUCCCAUAAUCAAAGGAUCCCCUUCUUGCUUGCCGAAUUUCACAACACCAAUCAAAAACUGGGAGAGAAACCUGCUAUCAAACAGCCAUAUGCGUAUUGAUUACGACAUUGAGUUGAACAGCCCGAAUAGUGUGGGUCACUGGCGAUGUAUGUUCCGAGGAAUGACGUCGAAUGCAGUGUACUUGGACUACGAUCCGCCAGAAGAGAAGAAAGAUGAACAGGACGGAAACUCGGAUAAAGCGGAACAAGACGAAGUGGCUUCAGCGCACGCCGACAUAAACAGCAAGGAGAAAAAAGGAAUGAGGCCCGGUGAUCUGAAGGUAUUUGACCUAGGCGACCUUGGAAACUUACGCAAAGGAGAGCCACGCGACUUCUGCCUCGAUCACAUGCUAUGCCUGAGAAUGUCAAGACCACCUAGAGGGCAUUUAUGUGCAGAGUACAAUCUACUUCGGGAACCAGCAUCCUAUUGCCAUGGCACAGGUUUUUCCACUGUUGUCAACCCUUCCUCCCCAAUCUUCGUACAACACCAUUUGAGAGGUCAGUCGAACGCUCUUCUACCGCUCAGUCCUCUAACAGUACGAAAUUUCUUCCCAAUGAGUCCGCGUCCUACCCCAAAAUAUCAACAUGAAACUGUUUAUGACGAGGUACACAAUUCGGUUUACACAACGCUGAACUCACCUGCAAGAGUGGAACAGCCUAAACAGGUCACGUCCACUCCAAAAUUUGAAACGCUGGACGGGCGGCGCUGGAUUCUGGAUCCAAGCAGUCAAUUCUAUUUACCAUACGCAGACUCUACAACCCCUCCUGCGACGGCCACAAAUGAUCGGUUUCCCUCCCAAGAUAGACACAGUCAACGUCUCCCUCCACCACCUUUGGGUGAAUCGUUGUUGCUGGAAGCUGAGGAACAGCAGAGUAGCUCAGUGUCCAAAGAACAAAACCCAGGAGGAUGUAUAAGUCCCAGAGGAUUCGUUGCUCACCAAACAUCAGCAGUCCAGCUAAAAUCAAAGCCAGCACCACUGGAAGAAGAGACAAACACUCAAUUUGGUCCCCCUUGGAUUCCAAAACCAACAAUCGAGAUAGUUCGAGCUCCAUCAUCCGAUGACUCGCGCUCAACAGUAGAAAUAUCAGACGAAGCCGCGUAUUCUUUCCCCGACCUUCGAUUUCACCCACCAAACCCAUUAUCCUAUGAUCCCCGUCCACCUUCACGCAAUGAAUCGAGGGGGGAAGCUCCAACAAUUGUUGCUCCCGUCGGAUGUAAUCAAGCACUCACGGGGGACUCACCAACAGAGCCACUCACAUCAGUCUCCAUUUACGAGCAUUUGUGCGAGACACCAAAAUUAGCCCAAGUAGCUUCUCCACUAUAUCUGGAAGACUGGACUAUAAGUGAAUCCACAGACCUUACAUGACCCAAUUUUGCUCGGAGACAAUGCAAAAACCUGUUAUCGUUUGC